UACAGCAGGGCUCUACGUUUGCUUAUAAAGCAGCUACCUGGAAGCGCAUCUGGUUUUUUUUUAAUCCCUCCAGUCGGAAAGGUCAGUGCGUCCGGCUCAUGUCGGCUCAGUCCGGCCCGGUGUACUGGGCGGCUUUUAUUGGCGAGGGUUUCUUAUUGAGCUCUCAUCGCUGAGGCUUUGGGGUGGGUUUUUUUGCGGCCAUGCCGGCGUGAAGGGCUGGAGCAAUCCCUCUCCCCCCUCGGAGCUCCGUCCCUUCGCCAGCUCGGCGCGUCCAUACGCGGCCUGGACGCGCAAAAUGUCGACGCGGACGCCGCUGCCCACGGUGAACGAACGCGACACGGACAACCUUGCGGUGGACGGCUAUCCUGACCCCCCCCCAGCCCCUGCCAGAUCCGCCAGUCGCCAGAGUCUCCCGCGAUCUCGCAACUCUGUAGCGUCCAUCGCCGACGACCAGCCUCACGUCGGCAACUACAGGCUGCUCAAGACCAUCGGCAAGGGCAACUUCGCCAAAGUGAAACUUGCGCGCCAUGUUUUAACAGGACGAGAGGUUGCUGUGAAGAUUAUCGAUAAGACCCAGUUGAACCCCACUAGUUUACAAAAGCUUUUUCGUGAAGUGCGAAUUAUGAAGAUUUUGAAUCACCCUAAUAUAGUGAAGUUAUUUGAAGUCAUUGAAACGGAGAAGACACUUUAUUUGAUCAUGGAGUAUGCGAGCGGAGGGGAAGUGUUUGACUACUUAGUUGCACAUGGAAGAAUGAAGGAGAAAGAAGCCAGGGCCAAGUUUCGACAGAUUGUGUCUGCGGUUCAGUACUGCCAUCAGAAAAGGAUAGUGCACCGAGAUCUCAAAGCUGAGAAUCUGCUUCUGGAUGCUGAUAUGAACAUUAAGAUCGCAGACUUUGGCUUUAGUAAUGAAUUCACCAUUGGCAGCAAGCUGGACACGUUCUGCGGCAGUCCGCCAUACGCCGCGCCCGAGCUCUUCCAGGGCAAGAAGUACGAUGGGCCCGAGGUGGAUGUCUGGAGCCUGGGGGUCAUCCUCUACACGCUGGUCAGCGGCUCUCUGCCCUUCGACGGACAGAACCUGAAGGAGCUGCGGGAGCGCGUGCUGAGGGGGAAGUAUCGCGUCCCCUUCUACAUGUCCACCGAUUGUGAGAACCUGCUGAAGAAACUGCUGGUGCUAAAUCCCGGCAAACGUGGCAGUCUGGAGCAAAUCAUGAAAGACCGCUGGAUGAACGUGGGUCAUGAGGAGGCAGAGCUUAACCCGUACACAGAGCCUGAGCCUGACUUCAGCGACACAAAGCGAAUCGACCUGAUGGUCACGAUGGGUUUCCCCAAAGAUGAGAUCAAAGAUUCCUUAGUGGGCCAGAAGUUUGAUGAGGUCAUGGCCACCUACCUGCUUCUGGGCAGAAAACCCCCCGAGUUUGAAGGGAGUGAGUCACUGUCCACCACAAACCUGUGUCAGAGGUCACGACCCACCAGUGACCUGAACAACAGCUCCUCGGUGUCACCCGCUCACUCCAAAGUACAACGCAGCAUCUCUGCCACGCAGAAACAGAGGCGCUACAGUGACCAUGUCUCCCCCUCGGUUCCACCACCUGUGUCCUACAGUCGGAGAGUGCAGGCCUCUAGUGUGGAGGGAGAAAAGAAGGUGGAGUGGACCGCGUCCCACAAGCUGUCAUCCUCCAGCUCCAAAGGAGACGUGGCUGUCUCGCCACUGACCGUGCAGGAGCGCAGGAAGUCCUCUACAGGCUCAGGGCAGAAUAGCACAGGCAUGACGCGGAGGAACACGUACGUGUGUGAGCGCAGCAGCGCGGAGCGCGGAGCAGCCGUCUCCAACGGCAAGGACAGCAGUCUGACGGAGAUGUCUGCAUCUGGAAGUGGCUCCUCUGUGUCUCCUGGAGUGUCUGCAGCGCUGACUUCUGCUCGGCCGCGGCACGUGAAAUCCAUGUCUGCCUCAACCCACCCCACCAAGUCCCCCCUCCCCCCAAUCGAGGACAACACGGAGUUCAAGGGCUCCAGCUCUCAGGUUCCUGGUGCUUCUCCAUCUGCCCAGAGUCUCAGCAGCUCCACUCCGGACCGGACCCGUUUCCCCCGCGGCACGUCCAGUCGCAGCACCUUCCACGGAGCGCAGCUACAGGAGCGGCGUAGCGCCACCUACAGCGGCCCGCCAGCCUCGCCCACGCUCUCCCACGACACGGGGGCUCUGGCCCAGGCACGCAGGGGCACCUCCACUGGCAUCAUCAGCAAGAUCACCUCCAAGCUGGCGCGCAGGCUUCCCAGUGAAGGAGACGGCAAGUGCAGAGCAUACAGUGUGAGGAGCAGCUCUGGCGAGGCCAAGGACGAUGGCCGGGACUGCAAGCCGCGUUCCCUGCGCUUCACGUGGAGCAUGAAGACCACGUCGUCCAUGGAGCCUGCUGACAUGAUGCGUGAGAUCCGGAAGGUGCUCGACGCCAACAACUGCGACUAUGAGCAGCGCGAGCGCUUCCUGCUCUUCUGUGUCCACGGCGACGCCCGCCAGGACAGCCUGGUCCAAUGGGAGAUGGAAGUAUGCAAGUUGCCCCGCCUUUCUCUCAACGGCGUGCGCUUCAAGCGCAUCUCGGGCACCUCCAUUGCUUUCAAGAACAUUGCAUCCAAAGUGGCCAACGAGCUGAAGCUGUGACAGGCAGAGCGAGGCCCAGUGCGCCACGGCGACGCCUGCGCUCCCAGCGAGCGUGGUCGCCACAGCGACGCCUGUGCUCCCAGCGAGCGUGGUCGCCACGGCGACGCCUGCACUCCCAGCGAGCGUGGCCGCCACGGCGACAUCUACACUCCCAGCGAGCGUGGUCGCCACGGCGACGUCUACGCUCCAUUUUCAGUUUACUGCUUUCUGAAGCUACAGCUGUAUCAUUUGCUCAGUGGCAGAAAAAAUAACCCUUCCUUCUACCCCAGGCUCCUGGGGUAAAUAAUUUCCCUUCCUUCUACCCCAGUCUCCUCCUACCCCAGGCUCCUGGGGUAAAAAUUCCCCUUUCUUCUACCCCAAUCCCCUCCUGCUCACAAGUCAUAUACAUACACACCAUUUUUGCAAUAAUAUAAGAAAACCUAUGAGGGUUAGCAUAGUGACGUUCCUUUGGCAGGAUUUCCUGUGUAGGGUGAAACUGAGACUUACAGUGCUACUAUUUCCACAUGUACAGUUAAGAUGCAGAGUGUUUUGUUGAAUUGUUCAUAGACUUGCCUAAUACGAGACUUUCAGCCUAUGUAUCUGAAGAUGUACAGUCUUGAGUUCGCUACAGAACAUUAAUGUUAAAUGUGUCUUACUGUAAUGUUUUCGUUUACCUGGUUGCUUUCCCCACGUUUUUACAUUUUAUUUUGCCUCUGCCAUGUCAUGUGACAUUUUAUGAGUCAUUUAUAUUCUCACCAUUUUUUCUUCAACACUGGCCAGUUACUGAGUAGAAGUGCUUUGUAAAACAUAUCCCAAAGGCAAAUUGGUUUAACACUUUUUUUUCUUUUUUUUCCCCCCUCAUCCUUUCACCCAAGAAAGGAAAACCUACUCACUAAACUGUGGUGUUAGUGUAACAGUGGGAUGUUAUGAGCUCGGGAAUGUUUAAGAGAGCAGGAUUGGAGGAAUGGCGUCACCUUUUCUUUGGGACUUUCAUUGGGUUUAUUUAUUUUCCUCUUUGAUGCCUUUAAUGUGCUGGUCUUCCUCAGAAUGUCGCCCGUACAGGAAGGAAGUAGGAUGUGAUGUUUGUUUGUUUCUGAAGUAGGACGUGAUGUUUUUGCUUCUGAAGAUGUACCUUUUUAAUUUUGCUCCUUUUGUAAUUAGUGGUGAUGACGAUGAUGAUGGUGCGUAAGAUCACUCGUGCUGGAAGGUUUGUACUUGGUCUUUUCUACUGAGAUGGUGAGGGUUAAGUGUGCAAUGCUCUUUGUGUCGUGUUACUGUAAUGCUGACAGGAAAAAGGUCCACAACUGCACAUGCUCAAGGGAAAGCUGGAGAACGUUUUUGUUUAGUUUCCUCCUUUAAGAAAACAGUGUUUUUCAAAACCUUUUAGGAGGUUUAAGCUGUGAUCAGACACGUGGAGAGCGUUGGGUCCAUGUGGUAGCGGUACGUGUCCUGAACGGACUUGGCAAUGGACGCACCUCAGAGGUGGUGUGAGGGAAAGCAGACCACAUCUUUAAAAUGCAAAUAACCUUUCUGCCCCCACUACUUCUGUUUCCAGGCAUCUCUCUCUCUCUCUCACACACACACACACACACACACACACACACACACACACACAUCCCAUACCCCUUCCCCCAAACGUAGUACUGGACAUUUUUCAAAAAAAAAAAAAAAAAAGACUCGUGUCGUCAAGAUUCAGUCUCUCUGGUGCACAUUAAAGCUUUACUUGAAAAGA